AUGUCCUCAGCUACUUCGAGCUCCACUACGAUCUUGCCUUCGGUCUUGUUAGGUUCCUCCAAUUUUUGGUCGAUUGAGGCAUGUGUGACCUUUGUCUUGCUCAAGACUUUCAACACGUCGCAGCGGAACUCGAACCUUCAUUCGAGAGACAAUCUCGUCGCCAAAAGCGGGGGUGUCCGACGAGGUGCCAAGGAGUUUCUUCAAGUCAGAGAACAUCUCUUUGAGGCUGUCAUCCGCAUUUCCAGCAAUAGUCAUUGUCGCAAUAGAAGGUCGAGGUUGGGGUUGGAGGUAAGAAAUCUACCUGGUACCGGGUAUGAAAUUACCGACCGGCCAAACAGGAUCAAAUCAUCUUGCUCCUCUGUCGUCAUGUCGCUGACAAUGUUGUGGUCCCGCCGACCCAGACCGCUCAACUCCAAGCUGUCGAGGAUUGUGAGGUGGAAUCAUGUCAGCGUGCCUUCUGUCGCAAAAGAAACGCGUGAAGUGACUUCUAUGGAUAACCUCCUCACGGCAGUUAGACUGAGAGCUGACCCUGCUUUUAACACGGUGAUUCCUAUGCGCGUUCCUGAAAUAUGGGCAAACACGAUCCUCCACCAACACCAACUUGCACCAAAGUCCACUGCGUCACAACUCACCGUCAACUCCGACCCAAAAUCACGAACCGAACGCAGCAUGCACGACUCUUAUUGCGAACUUGUACUGCCCUUCGGAUCGUCGCCCAAACUCCUUGAGCAGUACACUAAUGUCCAUGGAGGCAUCCGCACUGGAAUGCUUAUGGAGCAUCUGGACUCGCUAGCAGGCUCCAUAUCAUACAAGCACAUGUUGGGUCCCGGCGUCGAGAGCCUAGGCAGUAUUGAGGAGCGGGGAUUCUAUAUCGUCACUGCCUCAGUGGACAGACUUGACAUGCUCUCUCCGCUCAAUCCAUCCUGCGACCUGCGCUUAAGUGGCCAGGUAAUCUACACUGGCAAGUCCUCGAUGGAAGUUGCGGUUAAGAUGGAAGCCAUAGGCAACGGGCCUGAUGAGACAGUCCUGUUAGGUCGCUUUUCGAUGGUCUGUCGAGAUGCAAUGACCCAUCUAGCUCGGGAUGUCCAUCCACUCAUUAUUUCGACGCCAGCAGAACAAUCGCUACACUCGAUGGGAGCAGAGUUAAAAAACCGCCGUCAAACACAAGCCCUUCGAGCCCUCAGCCGUGUUCCUCCGAGUUCGGCUGAGGCAGCGGCCCUUCACACGUACUAUCUCCAACACGGAGAGGAUUCUAAAGACGCACCGGGAGAUCGUGUUUGGAUGGGUGAAACCAAGCUGGAAAAAUGCAUGCUUAUGUUCCCUCAAGAGCGAAAUAUCCACCAGAAGAUCUUCGGAGGCUACCUUAUGCGGUUGGCUUACGAGCUCGGUUUCUCCAGCUCAAGUCUCUUCAUGCGCGGGGGCCACAUCCGUUUUCUCUCUCUCGAUGGAAUACGCUUUCGUCAACCAGUGCCGAUAGGUUCUAUUCUUCGCUUAACAUCACAUGUGCUACAUUCCACGCACUCCGCCGAAUUCCCUUUGAUCGUGCAUAUUGGGGUCAUAGCGAAUGUAGUAGACGUGGAUACGGGGGAAGAACGCACCACAAAUGAGUUCCGGUUUACUUGGUGUCGCGAUGACCCAGCGGACAAGGUCCCGAAACGUAAGAUCGUUCCCAGGACGUAUAAAGAGGCGAUGUUAUGGCUUGAAGGAAAGCGCGCAUUGGAGCUCGCAGACGAGAUUCGCGGCUUACGGACGAAAGACGCUGCUUCGGGAGUUUAA